UCAGUCACGCGUCUGUCCGUGAGCGCGCAACAGGUCUCUGUCAGUGUCAAACGCAGAAGAGCGCAAGGAUUUCUGUCCCUAUAGUAGCCUAUAUGCGUCUCUACAAGUUUACGGAUUUAAAUAUAAAACAAAACGCAUCUUAAAGAGAACAGCUGUGUCGUUUUAUCGUGAUGAGGAGUUAAGGAACUUCUGAAUUUUGGUUUCAUGCCGGGACGGUCCAGUAACGGACGAUGGCAAAGACAUAUCAUGCGCUUUCUCUCGUCGAUAUCCUCUUUACCAUCAACUUGGUUAUAGCGAUAGAGCUCAGGUUUGUGCCUGAUCCUCCAACCUUAAACAUCACUGAGAAGACUCUCAAAAUCAAUGCUUCAGAUACACUGGAGGUCACAUGCAGGGGGCGUCAGAUUCUGGAAUGGUCUACGCCUCACAACCGAACCCGUUCUGAGACCCGGCUCAUCAAAACAGACUGUAGUGGCAAUGGACUGUUCUGUAGCACUUUAACGCUCUCCAAAGCAGUAGCCAAUGAGACUGGAGAGUAUCGCUGCUUCUAUAAAAACCUGCCUAUAGAGGAUGGAAAGACUUCUAUUUCUGUGUAUGUUUUCAUACAAGAUUAUCGUACACCAUUUGUCAGAAUGGCUCAAGAUUAUGAUUUGGUGUUCAUUCGGGAGGGAGAACAGGUGGUCAUUCCCUGUCUGGUAUCUGUGGAGAACCUAAACGUCACACUUUACACAAAGUAUCCAGUAAAAGAACUGGCAACUGAUGGGAAAGACGUAAUUUGGGAUAGCAAGAGGGGCUUCGUCCUGCCUAGUCAUGUGAUCAGCUAUGCUUGGGUGGUCUACUGCCAAACCACUAUUCAAAAUGAGACCUAUCAGUCCUCACCUUACAUUGUGGCUGUCGUAGGAUACAAGAUCCAUGACCUCACCCUGAGUCCGGCUCAUGAGAGGCUAACGGUAGGACAGAGGCUAAUGCUAAACUGCACCGCUCACACCGAACUCAAUGUGGGAAUUGACUUUCAGUGGAUUUUUCCGCAUGAGAAGAGGGGUGUCAACAGCUCAAUACCAAGAUCACGCUAUGAGUCCAGGUCAAACAAGAAGAAGCUGUGGAACUCCUUAGAACUGUCCAAUACUCUCAUUGUAAAGAACGUGACCGUAAAUGACACAGGAGAGUACAUCUGCAUAGCCUCUAGUGGUCAGAUGCAGAAAAUUGCCCGAGCAGCCCUCAUCGUCUAUGAGAAACCAUUUAUAGCGCUCAAUGAUCAGAUGUUUCAGACUGUGGAGGCAACUGCUGGCCAGGAAGAGGCAAAAAUCCUGGUUAAAUAUUAUGCUUAUCCAGAGCCCUCUGUCAAGUGGUAUAAGAAUGAUCAGCUGAUAGUGUGGAAAGAUGAGUACAGGGUGAAGCCCAACAGAGGAUCUCUCACAAUAUAUGGUGUUACAGAGAAGGAUGCUGGGAAUUACACUGUUGUCAUGACAAAUAAGAUUACCAAGGAGGAGCAGAGAAGAACAUUUCAACUAUUGGUUAAUGUUCACCCUAAGAUCUUUGAGAAGGAAGUGCCGUUGGAUCGAGAUGUUCAUAUGUAUGGCAGUAGCCCUACACUCAGAUGCACAGCUAGCGGAGGAUCCAGCCCUGUCACAAUACAGUGGCAGUGGAUGCCGAGAGAGGACUGCCCAGUCCAUAUUCUACCUAAGUCAGACCAAAGUGUGGUGAAUUGUGACAAGUGGAGGGAGAUAUCAAACAACACAGGGAAGAAUCCCAUCAUCAGCCCCACAUCUGUCAUUGGACGCUCUCUUAAGACCAUCAGCACACUGAAGAUCCAGAAAGCAGUUGAUCAUGCCCUCUACAGGUGCAUUGCCUCCAAUAAGAUGGGAGUAGAAGAGCGAGUCAUUGUGUUUCAAGUAGCUCGUUUCCUCAACCUAAGCAUUCUCCCCUCCAGCAGCCCUAUUGAGGGAGAGGAUGUGAUAAUGCGCUGUGUAGCCGAUCGAUUGUUGUAUUCUAACAUGCAAUGGUAUCGGGUAACAAGCACAGCCAACCCUGAUGCCUCUCCUGCAGCCGUGCCCUGUGAUACCCUUAGCCUUUCACCUCUCCACCACACCAAUGUCACCAUAUCAGGCCUGCAGGGCACCAAUGCAACGCUGGACCUACCCAUACCCAAUGCCACAUUGAUGGACCAAGGCUUGUAUGCUUGCCAAGUAGAGAACAUUGGCACCAGUGACAGAACCUGCUUACUUCACAACCUCAGACUCAGAGCUCUUGAGAUGUCCAGAAUUGUGACCAAUCUGACUGCCCAGAGAGUAAAUGUGAGCGACUCUACAUCUCUUGUGUGUGAAGUGUCUGGCACACCAACACCUACUGUAGUUUGGACUAAAGACAACCAGACUGUCACGGAGGGAUCAGGUGUUAUUCUGAAACAGUCAAAUCGUGUCUUAACCAUUCAACGGGUGAAAAAAGAGGACAGUGGUCUUUACAUGUGUACGGCCUGUAACCAGCAGGGCUGUGACUCUCACGAGGCUCGUAUCACUGUAGAUGGUGCAGAAGAAAAGAUGAAUGUGGAAUUGAUCAUGCCUAUUGGUGCUGUGGUCAUCGCCAUGUUCCUCUGGCUCCUCAUCGUCUUCGUUAUCCGUAACAGGAAGCGGCCUAAUGAUGGAGAUCUGAAAACUGGCUACCUGUCAAUCAUUCUAGACUCAGAUGAUAUGCCAAUGGAUGAGCACUGUGAGAGACUGACCUAUGAUGCAAACAAGUGGGAAUUCCCACGUGAUAGACUGAAGCUAGGAGAGCCGCUGGGCAGAGGGGCAUUUGGCCAAGUUGUGGAGGCGACUGCAUAUGGUAUUGAGAAGGCCACCACCUGUACUACAGUAGCAGUGAAGAUGCUCAAGGAGGGCGCUACCACCAGUGAGUGCCGCGCUCUGAUGUCUGAGCUGAAGAUCCUCAUUCAUAUCGGUCACCAUCUCAAUGUGGUUAACCUUCUAGGAGCUUGCACCAAACCAGGAGGACCCUUGAUGGUGAUUGUUGAGUACUGUAAACACGGUAACCUCUCGAGCUAUUUAAAAAGCAAGCGAGGAGAGUACAGUCCCUACAAGAAGCGAAUGCCACGGAUGCCGUGCAGGAGGGAGGUAGAGCAGGAAGAGGAUUUGCAUGAGGGGGAUCUGGGUCUGGGAACAAGCACUCCGCUGGACAUCUGCACCGGCACCACUGUGUGCACCAGGACGGGAGAACCGACCUCCACGGCCCAGCUGCAGGAUGAACAAGAGAGUUCAGAUUGGGAUCACUUGACGAUGAAGGAUCUCAUCAGCUAUAGCUUUCAAGUGGCCAAAGGCAUGGAGUUCCUCGCCUCUCGAAAGUGUAUCCAUCGGGACUUGGCUGCCAGAAACAUCCUACUUUCUGAAAACAGCGUGGUGAAGAUAUGUGACUUUGGGCUGGCCAGAGAUGUUUAUAAAGAUCCUGAUUACGUCCGCAAAGGAGAUGCUCGUCUUCCUCUGAAGUGGAUGGCUCCUGAGACCAUCUUUGACCGCGUGUACACCACACAGAGUGAUGUUUGGUCAUUUGGUGUGCUGCUCUGGGAGAUCUUCUCUCUUGGUGCGUCUCCAUACCCAGGUGUGUGCAUUGAUGAGUCUUUCUGCAGGCGACUAAAGGAGGGAACCAGAAUGAGAGCUCCAGACUACGCCACACCUGAGAUAUACCAGACCAUGCUGGAUUGCUGGCUUGAUCGACCUAAAGACAGGCCAACCUUUAUUCAGUUAGUUGAACAUAUGGGCAAUCUGCUACAAGCUAGUGCUCAACAGGAUGGAAAGGACUACAUCCCAUUGACAAACGGAGAGAUGGAAGAGGAAUCAGGGGCUCCUCACCUCAGUGUGACAUCUAAAAGAGCAUUCUAUGCAGGCAACAAAGAGGCCCAGCUCCACUAUGACAAUUCUCCACCUCUGGGGUUCCCACAGCAGAUAGACAGUCGUGGUGUGCCAAUAAGUAGGACGACUUUUGUGGACAUUCCCCUGGAACACACUCCUGUGAUGAACAGUCACAUGGGCUGUGGAGUGGGCUUAUCACAUGAGCAAAUGAAAGCUUUGGAUCGGCAAGUGCACAGACCACUUAAUUUCAGCCCACUACUGCGAUGCAAGAGUAAGGAGUCUUUAGCUUCUGAAUCGUCCAAUCAGACCAGCGGCUAUCAGUCCGGCUACCACUCUGAUGAUGCAGAAGCCCCAAUAUACGCCAACGAGGAGAUGAUCCUGAAGACAGACAUUCGGAUGAAACCUCCACUGCCCAAGAGAAAUGACAAGUUCAGUGCAGAGGUCCGUUAUAGUGCAGCCCCAGUUUAACAUCUACAGCGCUUCAAACAGUCUUCCUCUUUAUGUUAUUCAGAACUUUAAUGCAAUAGCUCAGCCAAAACUGAGCAUUUCAGUUUCAUAAUUUACUUAUCCCCAAGUUGUUCCAAACCUGUAUGAUUUUCUUUCUUUUUCUGAACAUAAAAGAAGAUACUUUGAAGAAUGUUAACCAAACAGUAGCCAUUGACUUUGAACAAAGUACUACUAUGGAAGUGGCUCCCAGCAACUAUUUGGUUACCAGCAUUCUUUAAAAUAUUCUCAUUGGUGUACAGCCGAAGAUUAAUACAGGUUUGGAUUAAAUG